AUGCUCCGGGAGAUCCUCAUGCGCCUGCCGCCUCAGCCGUCCUCCCUCCUGCGAGCCUCCGCCGUCUGCAAGAGCUGGCUGCGCGUCGCCACCGACCCCCGGUUCCUCCGCAGCUUCUCUGCGCACCACCGCAAGCCGCCACUCCUCGGCGUCUUUGAGAGAGAUGACUACGACAUCGUGUUCACUCCGGUCCUGGACCCUCCCGACCGCAUCCCUCCGGAGCGCUUCAACACACGACAGCAGAUACGUGGCUUCCGGAAGGCCGACCUGCUCGGGUGCCGGCAAGGCCGCAUCCUCCUCCUGGAGAUGGACAUGGACUGGUUCAUUGUAUGGGACCCCAUCACCGGCGAGCAUCACCAUGUCGACAUUCCACCAGCAUUCGAUAAGUUAUCCUACCUCUACGGGGCUGUGCUCUGCGCUGCCACCGACCAGAGCCACAUGCAUGGCAGCUGCCACUCGAGCCCCUUUAAUUUGGUCUUGAUGUCCCCGUGCCAAGGCUACGAAGAUGGUACUCCACCCAUCGCUUGUGUAUACUCCUCGGAGACUGGGGCAUGGGGCAAUCCCAUCUCGACAACAAAUCGAUGUGAGUUUGCUCGAUGUAAUCCUGGGAUCCUUGUUGGUAAUGUCCUCUACUGGACGUCUAAGAGUGUGAAUGCCAAAUCAAAAUAUUUGAAUUUGGAUCAGCUCGGAGACGACAUAAUUGAGUUCGAUUUGGAUAGGCAGAGUCUUGCGGUGAUCAAGGGGCCUCCAAGUCUUAAUCAUUCCACCACACAUCAGAUAAUCCAGUCAGGGGAUUGUGAUGUUGGUCUUGCCAUAUUGUCUCAUGGUAGAUUUGAAAUGUGGGAGAGGAAGGUCAGCUGUCACGGUGGUGCCACAUGGUUCCUGCAGAAGAUUGUUGAAAUGCAUACUGUUCUUGGGCUCCCUCCUCAGGCUGAAGGAUCGGUGAGAGCGGUCGAAAUACUUGGGUAUGAUGAGGAAAAUGGUGCAAUGUUUUUAUUUGUGGACAACAAUGUCUACAUGGUUGAAGCAAUGUCAAUGCAAUCCAUGAAACUUUAUCAAUGCAGUCAUCACAGCUAUGCCAAUGACAUUCAUCCUUUCACAAGUUUCUAUGCACCAGCCAUUCCUGGUGGACGUGGCGGAGCUGGAAUGCUGCAAGAUAUGUAG